GAUGGGCCUGACCCCCUCCUAGCGGGGCUCCGGCCCCGGCCCCGGCCCCGGCCGAGCAUCCGCCUCCCGCUCCGCGUUGCCAGGCCAACGCCGCGGAGGAUGCCGGCAGCCCCUGCGCCAAGGCUACUGCCUCCGCAGCGUGGCGGGCAGCGCGCCCCACGCCUCUCCAUGGGGCGCACGGCACCGCCGGCACCCUGCCUGCCUCCGCGGACGGGGCCGCGGGGCCGGGGACCGACCCACGGCCGCCUCCCACCCAGGAGCCCCGGCGUGGACCGCAGCCCGGAGAGCCCCCAGCCAGCCCUCCGGGAGCAUGGCCCAGCAGGACGGCGAGCGGGGGCCUCAGCCAAUGGCACUCGCGGCCCCCGAGCUGGAGUGCAAGAUCUGCUACAGCCGCUACGACGCCCGCGCCCGCAGACCCAAGCUGCUCCGCUGUGGCCACCGCCUCUGUGCCAAGUGCCUGCGCAAGAUGGUGGCGCUGGGGGAUGCGUCCCCCCGCCAGCUCCGCUGCCCCUUCUGCCGCCGGCACAGCCCGGUGCCCGGUGGGGAUGUGCAGCAGCUGCAGGACGACGGCGAGGCGCUGGCACUGCUGACGGGCCGUGAGCGGGCCAAGAAGCGGGGUCCCCCCCGGUCCCCCGAAGUCCUCCUCUGCCCCAGCGUGCUGGAGCCCGCGCCCGGCCCCGACUGCCUGGUCGUCACCAUCCUGGAGGUGCCGGAGGACGUGGCCCCGCCGGAGGGCCUGGGUGGGCUGGAGGUGGUGCGGCUGUACCGUCCCACCAGCCUGGGCGCGCUGGCCUGCCACAGCCCCGAGCAGAAGUGCCGCUCCUGGGGGUGGCGAGCUGUCCCCCGCUUCAUCCUGGGCGUCCUCUGCCUCCUCUACUUCAGCUCCCUGCCCUUUGGCAUCUACCUCCUGCUCAUUGAGCACCACAGCCUGGGCAUCGUCCUGGUCAGCCUCGUGCCCUCCACCCUCCUCCUCUGCAUCAUCUACAGCCUCUGCCAGUGUCUGUGCCGGGAGGUCUUCGGGUUCCCCCACUCCUGACCCUGCAUGGCUGAGCCCUGUGCCCGCCAGGAAGGCUUUGGGCACCUUGGAGCGUUGUCCCUUGGGUAUGGGUGUUCCCCGACCCACAGCUGACCCAUGGCGUGGAGGUCUGCCUGGACCACGGGGAGAUGUUCAGCGCAUGUUGCCUUCCCUUGCAGAACAGUGCGGGCUUUGCCAAGUGGGAGCCCGCGCUGGAGUGGCUGCAGGAGCUCGUUGCAGCCUACAAGCAUUCAGGCCGGACCCUUAGCUCCUCGUCCUCCUCCUCCUCCAGAGCAGAGAAAGAGCAGGAGCUGGGCAGAGAGCAAAACAGCAACCGGGAGACUAAUCCCAACUAAGCAAGCAUGAGUGCUCAGUGCCUAAGCGCCGUGGCUGGAGGGGCCCCGGCAGCUGGCCGCAGCCCAGCGCCGGCAGGAGAAGGACGGGCAGAGCCCGGGGGCUCCUGCGGCCGGACUGGCACCAGCACAGCUCCGUGUCCAUAGUGUAAACAGUUCUGUCCGUGGUGCCCGUGCUCCUUGCAGGGCUGCUCCCAUCGCAUCCGUGUUUCUUUCCCACGUGUGAGUCCCGUGUUUGCCAAUGCUGUGUAUAGGGGAGGAGCGGAGAAGAGGAGUUUCUUUGGUGUGUAAAGACGUCUUUGCAGCUGUUUUGUAGUCGUUGUGGUUCUUAUGCAGAGCUUCUGGGCUUUAUUUAACCUCCUUGGGUUUUGUUUUGUAAGGAUUAAUUUAACACCGCUAACCAUUUUAUUACUUUUGUCAAGAAGAGCAAAGUCUAUUUUUGAUUUCUGUUUCCUAGUUCUUAGGAACAUUAAAAGCCAGCAUACAGCUCUG